CCGCCGCGGCGCCAUUGGGGAGGCUGUGCUGGUGAGUUGGGGCGGCUGCGGGAUCUGCUUCCAUCCGCGGGAACGGCGGGGCUGGGAACGGCCGGAGCCCGCUGUUGACUGCCGUGUGCCGUGUCUGCAGAGAUGGGCAAGUUUAUGAAGCCGGGGAAGGUGGUGCUGGUGCUCGCCGGCCGCUACUCGGGGCGUAAGGCUGUCAUCGUGAAGAACAUCGACGAUGGCACAUCCGACCGGCCCUACAGCCAUGCCUUGGUGGCAGGCAUCGAUCGCUACCCGCGGAAGGUGACAGCGGCGAUGGGCAAGAAGAAGAUAGCAAAGAGGUCUAAGAUCAAGUCUUUUGUGAAAGUUUACAACUACAACCACCUGAUGCCCACCCGGUAUUCUGUUGAUAUUCCCCUGGACAAAACUGUUGUCAAUAAGGAUGUGUUCAGGGACCCUGCUCUGAAACGCAAAGCAAGACGUGAAGCUAAGGUGAAGUUUGAGGAGAGAUACAAGACUGGCAAGAAUAAGUGGUUCUUCCAGAAGCUGCGAUUCUAAAUUUAAAAUAGGACUGUUUCAAUAAAUGUUUAUUAAAAACCA